UUCUCCACUCCCACAACCAUACAUCUCUCACUAUCUCUCGUCCAAACGACUUCUUCGCCAGCGAAGCUACGACGACGCCAACUCUGACCAAAGCUUCAGUCGUCUUCUUCGCCAACUCUCUCUCUUUCAGGAAAUGGCUCAAGCCAGGCAACCAUUCUCCUUAUAAGGAUCAGAGAAACUUACCCGAAAAACAAAAAGAUCGGGGAUAA